AUGCAGCCCUCCUCGCCACCGACAUCUUCCUUCAGUCGUGUCAACCCACCAGAAACUCCUAGAAUCCCAACCGAACGAACCAUCUCGAGUUCUUCAGUCGUGCCUAUAAAAUGGCUCCUGGAUCUUUCCUCCGACGAUCAGCAAGACCUCCUCGACGACAUUAACGGAAGCUAACGACGAUCAGAAGAACAAUGGCAGAUGCACUUGUCUCCAGCAAGAAGGCGUCGGCUUCAGCGGCCGUCGUCCUCGCGGUAGCCGUGGCGACAAUGGCGUGCCUCUCAGCGCCGGUGGCCGCGCUGGUGCCGUACGGUCGCGCCGGCGGCGGGCUGUUCGACCUGAUGCUCCUCGACGACCCGUUCCGGGUGCUGGAGCAGUCGCCGCCGGUGCCACUGCCCAGAGCCAGCCUCGACUCGGCUUCGGUGGCGCUGGCGCGGUGCGACUGGAAGGAGACCCCCGACGCGCACGUCAUCACGGUGGACGUGCCCGGGGUGCGGCGGGAGGACGUGAAGGUGGAGGUGGAGGAGAACAGCCGCGUCCUGCGGGUCUCCGGCGAGCGGCGGGCCGACGAGGAGAAGGAGGGCGAGCGGUGGCACCGCGCCGAGCGCGCGGCCGGACGGUUCUGGCGCCGGUUCCGGAUGCCCGCCGGCGCCGACGUCGACCGCGUGUCCGCUAGGCUGGAGGACGGCGUGCUCACCGUCACCAUGCCCAAGGUGGCCGGGCACCGCGGCCGGGAGCCGCGCGUUAUCAGCAUCGACGGCGGCGAUGUGGGCGGUGCGGAGGCGGCGGAGGUCAAGGCGUCCAAGGCCGAGAUGUGAUUAUGUGAAUGUGACCUGACUUUUGGCCGGCGCGGAAGCGGAAGCUUGUUUUCUUUUCGUGUGUGUCCCGCGUGUGUUGGUCCUGUUGCUUUUGUAAUAUGUACUGUAUUUACUACUCAAUAAAAAAACAGUAUUUCUCAUUUCUUCAUAA